AAAACCGGAGCCGUUCAUUCAGCAGAAAUCGGAGCCGCUCAUUCAUCAGAACCGGGAGCCAUUCAUCAGAACCCGGAGCCAUUCAUCAGAACCCGGAGCCAUCCGGCCAGUGGACCUUAGGAACAUGAAGUUUCCCGCAGCCCGCUGGCUCCUGGUCCGGUCCCCUCGCCCUGACCCUCGUCCCGGUCCCGGGGGACCCCCGUCCCGGUCCCUGCGGACCCUCGCCCUGACCCCGGAGAGGAUCCCACGCUUCCUCAUCCCGUCUCCCGCGCACCCCGCACGGCGGCCCUCCGCGGGCUCCCCUGACGUCAGCCCCGGCCCAAGUCGGCGGGCCGGACCGACUUCCCGGUUCCUCCGUCUCCCCGCCUCAGGCCUCGGGGCAACGCGCCGCCGCAGCGGGGACGCGGACACCGAUGAAUCGACGCGCGCAGCCAUGUCCCUGCCGCACGUGGGGAAGGUUACGACGCCGUACGGGUUCCGCGCGGUGCUCGAGUCGAGCCCCUGCUGCCGUCGGCGGGAAUCUCUUUUCCAUCACAAACUCAAAACUCCAGCCGUCCCGGUGACUGACAGCCCGCAAGCGGAAAAGUAUCCUGAAGCCAGAGAGCAGCGCUCCUGCGGGACGGCGCGCGGCCCCCGGCUGACCCCGCGGUGACGGUCGGGUGACCCCAAACGUCACCUCACAUAUUCCGUAAUUUUAAAGACUUUUAUUUAACUUGCUACGAAUUUUCAAAUAAAGAAAUGAACAUCGUGAAGUAUUGUGUUAACGCUUUUUCCU